GCCUUGAUGCCGCGCAUCGCCGCCGCCCGGCAAGUCACCUCUUCCCACGACCUCUCUCGAGGGGUUGAUAUUACGGAUUGCUCGGUCGACGACCCCUUGUUAUAACCACUCAUAAACAUGGUAAUCGACGAAAUUCAAACCAAGGAAUAUGUUAAAGGCUAUGGAAUCGACUGCGACAAAGUCAAGGCCGCUAUCGAGACAACGGAUGACAGUGAUGGGCGAAUCGACGCAGUAAUGGAAUGGAUUCUGCUACGUGUCGACCGCGACAUCCAUUCGCUUUGCAUAGGAAGGGCCAUCGAUGGCGAGCCCCAAUCCUUCCACGUUAUCGCAUUCGGCGAAGAGGCCUUUCAUACAGAUCCGGAGGCUUUGAGGAAGAAAGAUAUCCUUGCUCCAGACUAUCUGAAGUUCCUUGUCGAACCAUUUUUUAUUGGGCCCGAUGUAUAUGAGGUUGUGGAUUGAUAUCAUCCGCUGGAUUUUUUUUAUUAUACUCAGGAGGACGUGAAUGGCUAGUACGGAGAAAUUGUCAUCUUAUAUUAAUGCCACAAUAAUGUACUCGUGGCUUGGCGUACAACAAACAAUAUUGUAUUUGAGUAGAUAGAUAGAUAGAUAGGAAUUGAGUAUGUGCCACGUUGCGCAACGACUCUCUUCCUCUCCCA